AUGUUCUCAGACUUCAAGCAAAUAUCACCAAUGCUCAUGCUCAUGGAAACCCAGACUGCUGCGGCAAAUACAUUUCAGUUGUGUUUCCCACUCGAAGAACAUCCUGAAUAUUCUCAGCAAGCAGCCGCCUACGGACGAGAUGAAAUGGAUAAGGCGGGGCCCAAUGUCGUGCUCGAAAUCUACCUUUCAUUACCAAAAUCAGCUACGCUACGAACAGGUCCAAGAAGAGGCGUUGCAUGCUGGUACCUCGCCUUAUUGAAACGGCGUCCACGACGAAGUCGUCGGCUAAACAGACAAUAA